GGCCGCAAUCUUCUUCUCUCCGGCCACGCGGAUUAUUCUCGCCGAGGACUUUGCCAUUUUUUUUUCUGCCUUCUUUUGGAGACGAUUUCGCUGCCUUCCGAAGGUCUUGAACGCGCGCUCGGGCUCCGUGGGAAGGUUUUGGGCUUUCCGGCCUCGGAUUUUGCAUUUUCUCCCUUGGGACUGUCGUGGGGCUGUUUUCCACUGUGGAUUAUAACUGCAACAUGACGCUGGAAGAGCUCGUGGCAUGCGACAACGCGGCACAGAAGAUGCAGACCGUGAGCGCCGCGGUGGAGGAGCUGCUGGUGGCCGCGCAGCGCCAGGACCGCCUCACCGUGGGGGUGUACGAGUCAGCCAAGUUGAUGAAUGUGGACCCUGACAGCGUGGUCCUGUGCCUUCUGGCCAUCGAUGAGGAGGAGGAGGAUGACAUCGCCCUGCAGAUACACUUCACGCUCAUCCAGUCCUUUUGCUGCGACAACGACAUCAAUAUCGUCCGGGUGUCAGGCAUGCAGCGCCUGGCGCAGCUGCUGGGCGAGCCCUCGGAGACCCAGGGCACCACCGAGGCCCGAGACCUGCACUGCCUCCUGGUCACGAAUCCUCACACAGAUGCCUGGAAAAGCCACGGCCUGGUCGAGGUAGCCAGUUACUGCGAAGAGAGCCGAGGAAACAACCAGUGGGUCCCCUACAUCUCCCUCCAGGAGCGUUGAGACCCUUCCCGGCAUCAGAAGCUGCUGAGUUGCUGCCAAAAAAAAAAAUAAAAUAAAUAUUUGACCCCUCCCCCCCAGAACAACCCCCCAGAACAACCCAUCCUGUGAGACCGCGGGGGCAGAAUCAAUGGAGAAGAGGGGAGUGCGUGGCCACCCCCAGGGCGGUGAGCCUGGAGCAGCGCCAGCUGUGGCCACCGUGACAGGAGAAGAGGGGGACCGGGCCAGCAGGAGAGGGGAACCGGAGCCCAGGCUUUGUGACGGAGCAGCUGGAGCGGGGGAGCUGUGGCCUCGCCCGCGCUGGAGGGCUCGGACCGCACGCUCCGGGGCGGACUGAGACCGGCGCUGACGUCUGCGUGGGACUCGGGCGACCGAGGGUCUGCACCCUUGCCAGGACUGGACUUGGGGACUUGGGAGCUGGCGCUGACGUUGCUCUGUACCCAUGAAGUCCCCGUUUGCAAACGUAAUAGACAAUCUAUUUUGUUACUUGCACCACUGAGAGAGAAGGGAAGCUUACAGAUACAUAUAUUUUUACUUCUACGAUGACCUUGUAAUAAAUUUCUAAAGCUUC